UUCUAUCCAAAAUUCAUUCCAUCGGAACUCUCGCAUUUUCGUCGCGAAAAAUGGAAAUAGCUGCUACGCACUACCAUUGCUGUUCAAGCUUGCUUUUGCGUUCAGACUCCUCGCUUCGUUUGGUUCAUAAUUUGAAGCUAACAAAUCCUAAAAAUUCAUGGCUAGGAACCAAAAUUAGGGUUAAACCGUGCAGUGUCAGUGUAAAUCCCGCCAUAUCCGUUUUCCACCGCCGUCCAUUGGCUUCCACCGUUUCCUUCAGUCUCGCUACCUCAAAUCCAGAUAGUGUUUCAUCAAGUCGGGAAUUUGUCAAACAUCCAGAGGGUGUUCCACCAGGUCAGGAAAUCCCCAGAUGGUCUUCUUCUGCUAUAAAAGCGAUUGCAUUGGCUCAAGUGGAAGCCAGAAAACUCAAGCGUCUUACUACUGGCACUGAAACCCUUAUCUUGGGGGUUCUUGUUGAGGGUACUAAUCUGGCUAACACGUUUUUGCGAGCCAAUGGAAUUACACUUUUCAAGGUGAAAGAUGAAAUGGAGAAACUACUUGGAGAAGCUGAUAGGUUUGCAACACCCGGUACGCGUCCUCAUAUAACUGAUGAUGCUCAGAGGGCUCUUGAUUGGGCUGUUAAUAAAAAAAUAAAAUCAGGUGAAAGCGGGGAGGUAACCCCAACACACAUAAUUCUUGGCAUUUGGUAUGAAGUGGAUUCCCCUGGUCACAAGAUACUAUCCAACCUUGGCAUUAAUGAAGAAAAAGCUAAAGAGCUAGAAGCCUCAAUUUCUAAAUCUGUUGUUAUUGAUGUAUGAUGGUUACCUUAAAGAUGAUUUAGUAAUUUUUUUUCUGUUAAUGCACAUUGAUAAUUGAUGCAAUUGUUUGUACAAUAGAUAGAUCAACAGGUUGUUCUGCAUAUUGAUUUUGAUUGCAUAAAUCAUAUUUUCAAAUGUAAAA